GUUUACAAAUGGCUGACUUGUGUGAAGCCGAUUUAGGUACUUGUUUUUAUCGAUCUAAGGACUCCAUAAAGAAUAUAAGAAUAAAAGUCCAUAUCAAGAAGGUGACAUCUGCAAGUAUUGUACCACAAGUUGCGAUAGAACAAGAGUCAGGAGACAAUACUGAGAUUAAAGAACGCCGACUGAAGGAAAAUACCACAGGAGGAGCGGAUGAUACGGACACUUAUACAUUUAAAUGGCAGGAAAAAGUAUUUAGUGAUAGAGAAAUUCAGCUGUAUAAUGAUGCCAACAAGUGUGAGAGUGUUUUGGAGAGGACAUACCAUGAACAAGUUGUGAAAGUUCUCCAUGAUGGGAAACCAACUAAACGCCUCUUUUCUUAUGUGGAUCAUGACAGCUUUACUAAUAAAGAUGAGACAUUAAAACCAAUGACAACAUCACCUACAGAGACACAGACGACAUUAGCAGAAAAGAUGGUGAAUGUACGACGUAGAAAAACUGGCGGAUUGAGACUAAGAGAAAGUGAGAACGCUAUUGUGCCAAAGAUUAAUAUCGUGAACCAGAAACCAAGUGACGAUGACAAGAAACACAACCAUAUUAUCAAUACCCCUGUCCAAACAAUGUUUAUAAUGGCUGACCUCAGUAUGAAAGAGAAGGAAGCUGUAGAGGCCGAUGAGGUUGUACUAUGUACAUUAAAGUACGACAACCACAGUGUAUUGAGCAUAAAACCAGAUUUUACAAAAACUAAAAAGCCAUAUAGGAUAGAAACGGGUGCCCUUGGUCGAGAUUUAUAUGAAUAUACAAUAGAGCAUAGUUCAUAUGAGAUGAACAGACAAGAGCAAAACAGAGAAGGCAAAAUGUAUAGAGAGCUUUAUAAUCGACAUGCUGAGUUUUUACAUGCUUUGGUGGGAGUGGAUUUUGAAAUGCCCCCACCAGAAGUUCUGAGACUUUUAGUGUUUGGAGAAAUAGAAUCUGCAAAGCACUUCGAGUAUGAUGACCUCUACAUACAUUAUUUCAUAGAACUUCCUAAAAAUUGGAGUGUUGACCCCCAUCAGCAGUUGUCAGGGGUAACACAGAGAUGCUCAACAAAGAGAGAAGGAAGGGACAGUGUUGCUUACUUCAGUUUCCCCUUUGACUUCCAAUUAUUCUACAAGAAUGAUGUCAUCAAUGAGGCAAACACAGAUCUCCUUCCCCAAUGGCCAAUGUUAUAUUUAGAGGUGCUAUCUUUGGAUUCCUGGCAGAGAUACAGAACUGAGGGAUAUGGAUAUGUAAAGUUACCUACAAUACCAGGUACAACAACAGCAACUGUAAAUUGCUGGAGACCCCUUGGUGACACACGAUCUGGUGAACUACGAAGGUUUUUCAUUGGUGGAUCUCCAGAAUUAGAGGACCCCACAUACUCUGGGAUUCCUACAUCUUUUGAGGGUAACAUACUCAGCAAGUUUGGUUUCACCACGGCAACCACAGGAGAAGUGUCAGUCAGAUUCAACUCAAUUCAGCAAUCUCAGUCAUUUUUAGAUUCAGCAACAUCCAAAAAGAAAAUGGGUCGAUUAAUAGACCGUCUCGGUACAUCGACAGCGCAGGCAGGAAUAAUGAAUGUGUUGGAGGCUUUUCAGAGAGCAAGGCAGCGUAUGAUUGCAGCUAGAGAUAACCUCACCAAAGACUUUAAAGAUAUGACUAUAUAGUCUAAACAGUGGUUAAAUUAAAGUUAUGAAAAGUUACCAUGGAAACAGCUGCAAUAUCAUCAAAACAAACAACAGAUGACUUUGGUGAAAACAACUGGAAAAAGCCUCAUGCUGCAAACAUAAUACCUUGGUGUAGUACUGGUAUAUCACCAAGCAGCAUUAUUGUACUGUGCCGGGUCAAAAUGAUUGAGUAUAAGGAUUAGUUCUGUGUUGUAUUCUUGAAAUACUGAGAAUAUCAAUUGACUUGGAUCAGUGUUAACUGGCUAAGUCUAGCUCCAUGCCACUCUGGCACUCUAGCCACUGGCAUUCAUGUUAUGGGAAUGCAAAGAGUCAGUGAUAGGGGUUACAUUAUGUCCUCUAUCAAAUAGGAUUCAAAACCGUCCUCAUUAUGUAAUGUAUAGAGGUUAUUUAAUGGGAG